GCGCCGGCCCACCUCCCCGCGCGCCGCCUCUCUCCCUCCCUCCAUCCCUCUGCAGGGUGAUCAGCUGGUCUGCGUUCUCCUGACGUGAGCCGGGGCACGUCACCGCCGAAUGGCAGCCUCCAGAAAGCCACCGCGAGUAAGGUCAAAUCACCAGGAUUUUCAUCUGAGGGAUUUAAGAAUAAUUGAACCCAACGAGGUAUCACACUCAGGAGAUCCAGGUGCAGAAACAGACGGCAGAAUGGCUCCCAAGAUCACAUCGGAGCUGCUUCGGCAGCUGAGACAAGCCAUGAGAAACUCCGAGUAUGUGACAGAGCCGCUUCAGGCCUACAUCAUUCCGUCGGGAGAUGCUCACCAGAGCGAGUACAUUGCUCCGUGUGACUGCCGGCGGGCCUUCGUCUCUGGAUUUGAUGGCUCUGCGGGUACAGCCAUUAUCACAGAAGAGCAUGCUGCUAUGUGGACCGACGGGCGCUACUUUCUCCAGGCUGCCAAGCAGAUGGAUAACAACUGGAUGCUCAUGAAGAUGGGUCUGAAGGACACGCCAACUCAGGAAGACUGGCUGGUGAGUGUACUUCCAGAAGGAUCCAGAGUUGGUGUAGACCCAUUGAUCAUUCCUACAGAUUACUGGAAGAAGAUGGCCAAGGUCCUAAGAAGUGCUGGCCACCACCUCAUUCCUGUCAAAGAGAACCUUGUGGACAAAAUCUGGACAGACCGUCCUGAGCGUCCGUGCAAGCCCCUUCUCACCCUGGGGCUGGAUUAUACAGGUGUCUCCUGGAAGGAAAAGGUUGCAGACCUUCGGUUGAAAAUGUCUGAGAGGAACGUGGUAUGGUUUGUGGUCACAGCCCUGGAUGAGAUUGCAUGGCUGUUCAAUCUGCGAGGAUCAGAUGUGGAGCACAAUCCAGUAUUUUUCUCAUAUGCAGUCAUUGGACUGGAGACGAUCAUGCUCUUCAUUGACGGUGACCGCAUAGAUGACCCCAGCGUGAAGGAGCACCUGCUUCUUGACUUGGGCCUGGACGCUGAGUACAGAAUCCAGGUGGUUCCCUACAAGUCCCUCCUGAGCGAGCUCAAGGCCCUGUGUGCUGACCUCUCCCCGAGGGAGAAGGUGUGGAUCAGUGACAAGGCCAGCUAUGCUGUGAGCGAGGCCAUCCCCAAGGAUCAUCGCUGCUGUAUGCCUUACACCCCCAUCUGCAUCGCUAAAGCUGUGAAGAAUUCAGCCGAAUCUGAAGGCAUGAGGCGAGCCCAUAUUAAAGAUGCUGUUGCUCUCUGCGAACUCUUCAACUGGCUAGAGAAAGAGGUUCCCAAAGGUGGCGUCACAGAGAUCUCAGCUGCUGACAAAGCUGAGGAAUUUCGCAGGCAACAGGCUGACUUUGUGGACCUGAGCUUUCCAACCAUUUCCAGUACGGGACCCAAUGGCGCCAUCAUUCAUUACGCGCCAGUCCCUGAGACGAAUAGGACCUUGUCCUUGGAUGAGGUGUACCUCAUUGACUCAGGAGCUCAGUACAAGGAUGGAACCACAGAUGUGACUCGGACCAUGCACUUUGGGACCCCUACAGCUUACGAGAAGGAAUGCUUCACGUAUGUCCUCAAGGGUCACAUAGCUGUGAGUGCAGCCGUUUUCCCGACUGGAACCAAAGGCCACCUUCUCGAUUCCUUUGCCCGCUCAGCCUUAUGGGAUUCUGGCCUGGAUUACCUGCAUGGCACAGGACAUGGGGUCGGGUCUUUUCUGAAUGUUCAUGAGGGGCCUUGUGGCAUCAGUUACAAAACCUUCUCUGAUGAGCCCUUGGAAGCGGGCAUGGUUGUCACUGAUGAACCAGGCUACUAUGAAGAUGGAGCUUUUGGAAUUCGCAUUGAGAAUGUUGUCCUGGUGGUUCCUGUUAAGACCAAGUAUAACUUCAAUAACCGGGGAAGCCUGACCUUUGAACCUCUGACUUUGGUUCCGAUACAGACCAAAAUGAUAGAUGUGGAUUCUCUUACAGACAAAGAGUGUGACUGGCUCAACAACUACCACCUGAUCUGCAGGGAUGUGAUCGGAAAGGAGCUUCAGAAGCAGGGUCGCCAGGAGGCCCUCCAGUGGCUCCUCAGAGAGACGCAGCCUGUCUCCAGACAGCACUGAUACCUCCCUGGGUUUGGGUUUUGUAAAAAGCUCUG